UCAAUUCUGCACUGUUCUCUAGCUGGUCUAAAACCGCUUUUGACAUAAAGGGAUGCUUUUUGGACGCCAUGGACUUUUCUCAGUUUCAAGGCAGAAAGAACAGUAAAAAUGCAGGCAGGGCACAGGACAAAGCAGUAGGGGCAAAAUGUAUGUGAAAUGGUUUGAUACAGUAAUGUUUUACUAUGUGAUUUUUUUAAAAUCUUUAAAUUUCCCUAUGGUUCCGGCCCCCAUACGUCCUGUACGUCCCAACACUCGCAGGGACCGGAACCCAGAAGACGGAUGCCGGCAUCGGCCGGAGGAAAUGGCUGGGGACGCUGCAGAGGGGAUA